GGCACUGACUGGCAUCACUGCUGGGCACUGACUGGUGGCACUGACUGGCACAACCCCUGGGCACUGACUGGUGGCACUGACUGGCAGCACUGCUGGGUGGCACUGGUGGGCAGCACUGGUGGGCACAGGUGGGUGGCACUGCUGGGCACAGUAGGUGGCACUUCUGGGCACAGGUGUGUGACACUGCAGAGUGGCACAGGUGGGUGCACUGCUGGGCACAGGUGGGUGAUCUGCUGGGCACAGGUGGGCGGAACUUGCGGGUGGCAUUGCUGGGCACCGAUCAUCAGGGCACUGAUCAUCAGUGCCCUGAUGAUCGGUGCCGAUCCCCGCUCUGACAACUGCCGGUUCUCGGCAGUACUUUCCUCACAAUCUGACAGCGUGAGGAAAGUGCAGCCGAGAACCGGCACUUGC